GAAGGCCUCCACCUCCGUUCCUCUCACACCGCAGCUCCCAUCCACCUGCUCCUCUUCCUCCUCUUCCUCGGCUAGCCGUCUUCUCGGAGCUGAGAAGAUGGGUACCUCCACCACGGCGUCGCUCGCGGCGGCGGCGUUGCUGCUGCUGGUCUCCCUGGCCGCGGCGGCGGACAUGUCGAUCGUGUCCUACGGCGAGCGCAGCGAGGAGGAGACGCGGCGGAUGUACGCCGAGUGGAUGGCCACGCACGGCCGGACCUACAACGCCAUCGGCGAGGAGGAGCGCCGGUACCAGGUGUUCAGGGACAACCUCCGCUACAUCGACGCCCACAACGCCGCCGCCGACGCCGGCGUCCACUCCUUCCGCCUCGGCCUCAACCGCUUCGCCGACCUCACCAACGAGGAGUACCGCGCCACCUAUCUCGGGGUCAGGGCCAAGCCGCAGAGGGAGAGGAAGCUCAGCGCCAGGUACCAAGCCGCCGACAACGAGGACCUCCCGGAAUCCGUCGAUUGGAGGGCCAAGGGCGCCGUCGUCGAGGUCAAGGACCAGGGCAGCUGCGGGAGUUGCUGGGCUUUCUCAACAAUAGCAGCUGUGGAAGGCAUCAACCAGAUUGUUACGGGCGAUCUGAUCUCUUUAUCUGAGCAGGAGCUUGUCGACUGCGACACCUCAUACAACGAGGGGUGCAAUGGAGGUCUGAUGGACUACGCAUUUGAGUUCAUCAUCAACAACGGUGGAAUCGACACGGAGGAGGACUACCCUUACAAGGGCACUGACAACCGGUGUGAUGUCAACAGGAAAAACGCAAAGGUUGUUACCAUCGACAGCUAUGAAGAUGUACCGGUGAACAGCGAGAAGAGUCUGCAAAAGGCCGUUGCAAACCAGCCCGUCAGUGUUGCAAUUGAGGCUAGUGGCAGAGCAUUUCAGCUCUACAGCUCGGGUAUCUUCACCGGAAGCUGCGGAACAGCGCUAGACCACGGUGUCACAGCCGUCGGUUACGGCACAGAGAACGGCAAGGACUACUGGAUCGUGAAGAACUCGUGGGGCAGCAGCUGGGGCGAGGCCGGCUACGUCCGGAUGGAGCGCAACAUCAAGGCGUCCAGCGGCAAGUGCGGUAUCGCCGUCGAGCCGUCGUACCCUCUGAAGAAGGGCGCGAACCCCCCGAACCCCGGCCCGACGCCGCCGUCCCCCACCCCGCCGCCCACCGUUUGCGACAACUACUACUCCUGCCCGGACAGCACCACCUGCUGCUGCAUCUACGAUUACGGAAAGUACUGCUUCGCCUGGGGCUGCUGCCCGCUGGAGGGCGCCACCUGCUGCGACGAUCACUACAGCUGCUGCCCCCAUGACUACCCCAUCUGCAACGUCAAGCAGGGAACCUGCCUCAUGGGCAAGGACAGCCCGAUGUCAGUGAAGGCUCUGAAGCGCACCCUGGCCAAGCCGCACUGGUCUUUCUCUGGCAACGCAGCUGACGGCAUGAAGAGCAGCGCUUGAACAAUCUCAGCACGAUAUCAGGCCGCCAACAGCCACGGUGAUCAGAGCUCCUGCAAACGAUCACCCGGUGCUUAAUCGACCAAGAAAAAGCGUGGCGCGGCGGCCGCUGCUUAAGUGUAUCCGUAUAAUAGGUGCUCCUGUACAUAAGCCUGAAAAAAUGGGUUCAGUUGUUCACGGAACUGCUGCCAAAUUUCCUUUUACAUAUUAUAUGUAAGAUUCAGCUAGCUCUGCUAAGCUCCUCGCCGCGCAGUUCGGCCGAACUGCGAUUGGUGUUUAUGGAAAUUGAUAUUGGAACAAGAACCAAUGAUUAUGCUGUAUUC